ACUGAUCAAAGGGGAAUUUUCUACUUAAGAGAAACCCAUUAGGUGGCCAAGACCAAAAUGUUUGUUAGUUUAGUACUUCUAUUAUUUCUAAAAAUGAAGCUACUCAUUUAAAUUAGGAGGAGAAGAUGAGGCAGACAACAAAACAGCAGAAGCAAAUUUAAGCACGAGAUUAUAUAAUCAGAGUUUAAGGUAAAGAAGAAUGAGGUUGAGAAACAAAGAAGGGGUAAUAAUGAAGGAGCCAUCAUCAAGGAGAGCGAUGACAAAGCCAGGAGCUCUUGCUGCCUACUCAACUACCCUUCAUUUCUUCAGGUGGCCAUUAAGGCUGUUCUCAAGUGUUUGGGCAUUAAUAAACAAAAUGCAACAAAAGCCUUGCAUAGAUGGCAAAGUUAAUGAUGCAGCUGCAGCUUGCUACCCUGAAUCUUCAGCUAAUGAACAUGCUGCAGAUCCUCUAACAAACAACAGACAGAUCCACCAACAGACCCUCAAGCUGAUCCUCCUUCCCCUCAGACCACAGUAUGCUUUCUUUCUCCUUCUUUAAUUAUAUAUUAUGGCCAAGCAUGUUAGUCCUUCGGUAUGAUGUGGAUGAGCUAUUAAAGAAAAAGAUUCAUUAUUGGAAACUUCAAAGAAAUGAAGAACAGUACGGAAAAUUAAUAUAGCCAUUUCUUUCAAUAAGUGACUAAGAGUCAAGCCUAGUUCCCUUUAGCGUAGUUGCUAGCCUUGACUAUGGUUGUUUUGUUUUACGCUGGUCAUAGCAAAGCUAACUGUUGAUUACUUAUGAAGUGAGGACCUUAACCAGUCAACUAGUCACGCGUAACUAGAAAGGUCAAGCUUCAUGCUAUUCUCAUGUUCAAGGUUCUGUAUAUUGAGAAUGUUUCUUCAUGCUAGGUAAGUUUUACAUGUAGAGUUUCAAUCCCUACAAUAUUUUCUUCAAUCUUUGUUACUUUCAUUUCUGUUG